AUGAAAGAAAGCAAAUCAACCGCACUUCUGCACAACCAUUAAAAGCCAGUGAAUCAUAUUACCCUCAAUCAACACCAAUCAACACUAAAUCAAUAAUUAAUGGCUUUUAUCAAUGAAAAAGAAAACAUUUAAACAAACAUCAAGAGAAAUCCAAGCGCACUUCUGCUCAAUAAUAUCCCAGGCAGUAUCAAUAUUCCAAAUUCUAAAGUAUCUUCAAAUAAACCAUGUUUACAAAUCAAAUAAAACGACUAGUAGACUUAGAGAUCAUUUUUACAAUAAAAAUCUAUAUCCAAAUCAUUCUUGACAGAAUAGGAUAGUUCUCAGAUAACAAAUUAAUAUGAGAGCUGCAUGUUGAGAACGCCUAUUCAGAGAAUUAAGUGUAUAAUGUGUUAGGGUCUAUCAAAUCUUGUAGAAUAUUGCGCCUCAAAUUAAAAUCAAUAUAGCUCUGGUGGUAGUCAAGAUAUCUUCGGAAAUUGCAGUGAUUGCGGAUCUUUUAUUAAUCCAUCUAGCAAAUCAUAGGGUGUAAAGACUAGAAACCUAGUCUUCAAAGUAGAUAUACCAUUGGAUGAGAUGCUUUCUAGAUUAAUAGAAAGGCAAUCAAUUAGUAAGCUAUAUAAUCCAGCAGCAACCUAUGUGAAGAAGCGUAGAGUUAUUGUAGAUUGGAUGUGCGAAAUGGGUGAGGACUUGCAAUUCGAACCUGAAGCUAUUCAUCAUAGUAUUGCUGUGUUUGAUGCUUAUUUUUCAAUCCAAAAUAUAGAGUAACAUUUAUUUAGUCUCAAACUCACAGAAGGCAGAUCAUUCGAAUAGGUCAUCCAAUUAGUUUCUGUCGUAUGCAUGCUAAUUAGUGCUAAAUUUUUAGAGAAAACUUAUCCAGGGGUUUAAAAGCUUAAUUCGAUAAUUUAAUCUCCCUUUUCCUAUGAUGAUUUCAUUAUGAUGGAAAGAGAUAUUCUAGAAACUCUAAACUGGGAAAUUUACAUUGUAACACCAUUUCAACUUGUUCAAUACUUCACCUCUCAAGGUAUUUUAUUUACAACAGACGAAUUAGAAAUUAGAACAAAUACGUUUUAAACUCCUACUAUAUAAAACGCAGCAAAUGCACAGAAAUUCGCUGAAUUCUAUUCUGAAAUGUGUCUUCAGGAACAUGCUUUCCUAUAAUAUGAUUCCUUCACUUUAGCCUGUGCUAUUGUAAUGGCAUCUAGAAAGAUGAUUAAAGCUAAAGAUAAGUGGCCACACGAGUUAUAUUAAAUGACAGGAUUUAGAAAGAAGGCAACUUAAAUCAAAAGAUGUAUGAUGCAUAUUUUUGAGUUUUACGAAGAAACUUUCCCUGAGCACAGCCUUACUAACAGCAACGGUAACUAAUAGACAAGCUCUUAGAUUACAAGUAAAGAUAGCUCUGAAAAAUCCUAAAGAAAUAACUUGAAUAGCAAUAACGACAAACAAGUGAGGUUUGAUUUACUAUAAAGUGAACUCACCACUCCAACAGAUGUUGAAACUCCAGAUAAAGAUUCAAUAGAUCAGAAAAAUAGCAAUUUAUCAACAAAUCAAAUUACUGGAGAGAAAAUCAUAUAGGAAAAUAAGAAAAAUAGUGGUGGACUUUUGAGUGGUUUGUAUUAUGCUUAAGUCAAAUAAAUGUAAAAUUCUCAUAACAAAGAGAAACUUAGAAUUGUAAGACCUUAGAAAAUGCCAUAGGAUAAUCAAACAUUUUAAAAUCCAUUGUAAAACCCAUAAUUCAUUGAUACUUCAUCAAGCUUUGUAGACUAGUCAUUCAUUGCUAUAGCAUAAAAUGAUUAGCAUUAGAUUAAACAGGUAAGAAUCAGCAUCUAUGAUGGAAAUGAAGAAAAUAGAAAUCAGGAAAGUGUUCAAUUAAGAUAGUUAAAGAGUACCCUUAGCAGAUAUAAUUCAGUUAGACAACUUUAAGAUGGAGUCAAAUAGCUGAAUAUCAAAAGAAGCUAAAGCCGACAAUAAAAUAAUUCAUUUAGCAAGAGUAGGAAUACAUCUUUUGGCAACAAUUAGAGCUUUAGAAAUCCCUCAACUUAAAGAACUAACUUCUAGGUACCGAUUCCAAAGAAGCCUCUCAUAAAGAGUAGAAAGAGAUAAGAUGAGGUUGCUGAAAUGCCACAUUAAAUUUAAAACCAGAAGAAUCAUUAGAUUAGUUUGAAACCAAGUCUCGGAUUAUGCAAGGAUAACAAUAGAAGCACUUCAAAUUUGAGAAUAAACACUAAUAGCAACUACAAUUCAAAUAAUUAGCCUGACUCUAACUACAACUCUAAUAAUGCAUAGACUGCAAACAAUGGAAACAACUCUGUAGUCCAAAGAAAUAUCAGCUAGACUAGAGUUUCAUAGGCCAGAAGAAAUAAUCCAUAAGUAUUGAUUAAUAAUCUAGUUGUGAAUAAAAUGAUGCCACUCAAGACUACAAGAGGAGAAUCUAAAGAAGCAUGUAAUAGUAGUAAUAUAAUUGUGAGCAUGCCUCAAACUAUGCCAUCAAGUACUAAGAACUAAGGGAACAGCAGGAAUAAACCACCUCUUCUAAUGGGAAUGGGCAAUAGUAAGACUAUGACUUCUAUAAAGUCUAAAGUUAGCAUUAAAACUGCGGGAGGCAAUAGCUAAAGUAGAAACGUUAAAUAUGAUCCAGAGGGGUAUAAUACUACCAGAAAAUGA